GUUUUGCGAUCCAAGCAUACAGAACUUGUUUCCACUGCAGCCUCCAGAGUCCAGAGCGAGCGAGAGAGAAACUGAGGUAGGGGGGGACUGGGAGAGGUAUGUCUCUGUCUCCGUCGAGGCCGGAGCGGAGCGACGCUCAUGUGCCGCCGGACGAGGAGGUGGAGAGGGAGGCGGAGGCGCGGGAGUACUUCCAAGAGAGCGCCCCCAAGCGCCACCCCAAGCCCUCCCGCAGCGACUACUCCUCCGACGCCCUCCAGUCCUCCGAUCCGCAUUCCAUCCCCGAACUCGACAAAUUUCGAGAUCUCCAGAAGCUGGUCUCCGCUGAAUCCCAUGAAGCGGCAGAGGAGUACGUGGAGACAGAGUAUUACAAAGAUCUCGAUUGCAUCGAUAAGCAGCACCACACGACUGGGACGGGCUUCAUCGGGAUGGAAAAAUCCACCGGAAGCAGCUUCGAACUGACACCGGAAUCUGAUGCGCCGGGCUGCCAUCCAUCUUGCAAGGGAAAUCCAGCGACGAAUGAAUGGAUUCCAUCUGUUGAUAUGGGGGUUCCAGCCUCGCACAAGCCUAAUGGGAGCGACGCAUGACACCGCUCGAUGGUGGUAAGGUAAGGUUUAUCAAGGCGAUCCCUAGCAUUUGGCAUGGUGUCGUAUUGAUGUCAAUAUACAUAAGCACUUUGAGUGCUACCGCUUGUUCGUCUGAUUCUCUAAAAGACAAACACGUCUGCUGGGCCUAGCUGCAAUGUUCGUAUUAUAAUACACAUGGCAGCGUUGCCUGUUGUGCUAAUGCUGUCCUAAUUGAAUCUCCUAAUCCAUAGAGAUGCUGCUCCUGGAGUGCUUGGAAUGUCUAUGGACAAUUAUGUUCAACUAGUCUGUGAGGGCAAAUGUUGUUGGCCAUUCUUGUAAUUGGUUUCGCAUGAGUUACCAAGCUUAUCUUUUCGCAUGCUCAGAUAAGAAAUGAAAGGCAAACGGGUGCAGGGAGAAUGGGACGCACAGGGGCUCUCAAAAAAAAAAUGGCGCGCUUCAUGGGUUUUCACCUUAAACGACCACACGUGGGAGCCUGUAGCAGAGGCUCAUUGGUCUUGUAUUGCAGGCAGGCGCGAGCCUCUUGAGCAUCGGAGGGCUCUUACCGGAACCACCGGUGAGGUUUUGUGCAGAUACACCGUCGUGCAGGAGGUGGCUUGCCUUCUUCCUCGACAUUCCGACAGCUUCCUCGGCUCCUCCGGCGUGGUUACCCUUGAGCCAAAUUUGAACCACAACAAUAGUUAUCCUUAUUCAUUAGCAAUGAUUAGGUCUGGUUUCUAAAUUUUAGUAGGAAUUAAAUAUUUUUUCUCUUUCA